AUGAACGUGUGGUAUCCCCCGGACCUACCCCACGAAUGCGCGUCAAUCGAUGAAACACACGCAGUGGCGCGCAGGCGUUCUGCUACGAUGCGGGCAGCGGAAGGUGGCACUCCUGGUGGUUUAGCGCCUGCAGAACCUCAAACUGGACCUGAUGGAGAGAUCAUUGGAGGACCUCGCACUCCGCAGCAAAUCGCUGCCCAACGAAGGCUUCAGCAAACUCAGGCUCAAGUCGAUGAGAUGAUGAUAAUAAUGGGCGUGAUUGGUAUCGUCAUCAUAGGGCUUUUGUUUGUUCGAUACCGUGGCACUCCGACUAUGACCGGCAUCCCUACAGUCGUAGCCGCAAACGCUACCGCAGCAGUUACUCAUAAUUGUAAGUCAGAUAGAGUCUUCUUUCCCGUCUGUUACUUCGCUUGGCAUGCUAGAGCUUAUGAAUUUGCUUUUAAUUUAGUUUAUUCGAUUAAUUAUAUUAAUUCUAUAAUAUUU